UCCAAUUCUUACAGUCAGCAACUGACCCAACAAUAUUAAUCCCGUUGCACCAUAAGCCGAUGGAGAAUGUAAUCAGCUUGAGUCCCCUCAACAUAAAGCAACACAGAGUCCAUGUGACAGUGCCAUUAGUCAUAUGGUUAUUUCCGGUUCAUGUAAGCUAGUAGGGACAUGCAAUGGCUUGCUCUGUUUCACUUCCUCUGACCAAGAGGAGUCUAUAUACGUAUGCAAUCCUAUCACCAGAGAACUUAUCGCUCUACCAAAACCGACUAGAAUUGCACCUCCUGAAUCGAGCAUGUUGAUAUACGGGUUUGGGUUUGAUUAUUUGACAAAGAAAUAUAAGGUUGUUUGGGUAUUCUAUCCAACAAAUUCCAGAUUCAGGAAUUCCAGAUUUUGUGUGACAGCCGAGGUGUACACCCUGGCUGCAACCAGUUCUUGGAAAGCAGUCCAGGGUUUCAAUCACCCUCCCUACGGCCAUCCAGUAUUCGCUAAUGGAUCUGUACAUUGGCUGGUUCAUCCUUUGCUUUCACAUAAGUAUGAGAGAAUUAUAUCAUUUGAAAUAGGCAAGGAUGAGUUUAAUGUUACACCACACCCCAAAUAUUCUUCAAAUAUCAGCAUAGGUGAGCUGGGUGGCUGUUUAUCUGUAGUACCAGAUAUUGAGUACAACCAUGUAAAGGUGUGGAUGCUGAAGGAUGACUCUUGAGAACCGCUGGGAAAAGGAGUACAUCUUCCCUGUAUAUAGGCCCUAUCCCAGUACGAGAUUUAUAAGGCUGAUAUCCAUCUAUGAGCUCAAUGGGGUGCUGUUUGUUUGGCUUCAGGAUGGUUUUAACUCAUAUGAUUGUACGACAAAGUGUCAAAAUACACUGAACAUAUCAGGGUUUUCCUACAUGGUUGGAUUGGGAGGUUUGCAGUAGUUACAGGGGAAGUUUGGUGCCUCUGGGGGCUUAUUGUGACAACAAAGAUGGUGAGAAGGAUGCUGCUUAUUUUGUUAGCGACAAAAAAUUUACUCCAGACCAGUGUGCUCUGGUUUGUGAGCAGGAGGUUGUUGUUAGGUUUAAUGACCUACCGUUUCACAAAGAAUAGCAUGUUGUUGGUUUAAGUUAGCUCUUCUUCUUCUUCUUCUUCGUGUUAUGUGACUGCAAGACCUGGUUAUUGGUUUCUGAAAGUACAUCAUUGAAUGCUCGAGAAAUUAGUUCCCCUAUGUGCUUUCUUUUUUAGUUAUAACAUUCUCCAUAUGUUUCAAAUAUUCAAUCAUGCAUAGUUUACCAUAUUUGGUAUAUUGUUUAA